AUGAAGUGCGAUUUCCUUCUCCACGAAGCACGUGCAUCCCUUCCUCGCAAGAAAGACCAUCCACUACACAAACACCCCCUCAUCCUCCAUCCAGUUCUUCCUGUGCCAUUCGAGAGCGAGCAUUGGCAGAAGUUGAUAAGAGGGCAUUAUAGAUUUACAAUUAGUAUCGAAGGCAUGUUCAAAUGCAGCAGUUGUGACCAAAUAGGUAAUGGUUUCAUGUACAAAUGCAGCAAAAAGGACUGCAAAUUCCAAUUAGACACCAGGUGCGCUUCCCUCUUAUCCAUGGAAGCUAUCCACAUCAUGAUCUCUUCUUCAAUCUUACCCAAGGCACAUGCUUGGGGUGCAAGUCUAGUAAAUGUUCACGUUAUUCCCUAG